AUGCUUCACGACAUAGUAGACCGCGAUGACGCUCACUCAGUGGGCAUUCAAUGUCAAUUGUGCUGCAAAUACAAAGAGCUCGAAUGCUCAGAUAAAUAUAAUCCAGACCUUCGAUUCCUCUACAGAUCAGGGACAGAAAUCAUAGAUGAUUUCCUGGAGCCAUGGAGCAACAAGACUGUGUCUACGCUAGAGAGAGAAGAAUACUCGAGUAUAGACCCUCAGGAGGAUAUGAUAGACAAUAUGAUAGAGAAUUGGUGGAAUGGCAGUUUCUCGAUACCUGCGCCAUGCUCGUAUAAGGUUGCUGAAGAGAUACGGAUUGGCAAUGAAGAGCAGAGCACAGAAAGAAUUGUCCAUGCGGAAGAGGUGGAUUAUGAAGACUUGUUCAAAAGUCUGAUGAAUGUCAAUAUUUAUGCUAUCGCAGAAUAUAUGUCGAAUAGCGAGCCCUUUUGUUUCAAUGAGCAUAUCAUCAAUGCCCUUAUAAUUUACGCAGCUAUUGCUGUACCAUACCUGAUUUUUUGA